AUGCGGUCCCGCGUGCUGCUAAAGGUAUCGGGGGCUUUACUCCUCCUUCGUGCAUGGGCUGGAGCAUUUGUGAGAUGGACAGUUUCGCCGCAAGAGUUGCAGCUAACCAGAGUGCAGGCCAAGGCUAGUGCAGAAGUAUUCGCAUCAAUCUCACCACUGCAACAGCUCGGAAGUUACUGCUGGGAUCCGGAGGGCUUGCUUGAAAAGUCAACUCGAGAUAUUACUGUCAGUGACGUGCAGCACGGCCUCCGCAACUCCGACCUGCGCCCGAAGCAGAUUCUGGAUCCGGAAAGUAUUAGCUUGCCUUGCCGGCUUAUUAACAGUCGCAAUCUGCGUCCACAGGAGGUUCCCAGCAAGUUUCCCUUCAAAGCAGGAUUCCUCCCAGCUCUGGUCAUGGCGCAGCGGAGGGGUCUGGAUUUGCAGCAGGUAGACUUCGUGUUGGGCGGCAGUGGUGCUGCCAUGCUUGCGAAAAGAGCUAUCAAAGAAGGGACGAAGUAUUUGGUCCAGAGAGUUCCGGGUAGCGGAGCCUUAGUAGUAGGCAAAUCUAAAGUAUAUACGCAGGACUUCUCAACAUUCGGAUUCCAGUUCGAGCGCCUCGUGACGGGUGAGCCUUUGGACGGUCUCCAUGAUCUACAGCAGCAUGAGGCCAUACAACUAGUAGAUGUUGGCGGAUUUCGCGUCCUCUUUGUGGCAGAGAUCGAUGCAGUCGAUGCUGCUGGAAUGCCUGUCGAGAUUAAGAGCGGCAAUCCCAAGUACUUCGGCAUCGAUCUUGCCCUACAGAUGUUGUCCAGUGGGGCUUCGAUGCUUCUUCGAGCUGAUCGCGAUGGAAGCUUGGUAAAGCAGGCCAUUGCUGUGCCCUUCGCCGAGUUUGUUCGAGACAUUGGUGUCCAGAAGGUGAAGCAAUCUGAGAAGACACUCGUGGCUGCACUUGAGGAGCUGCGCAGUGCAGCGAGCGCAGCGAAUGGUGCCUGCGAGCUCCAAGUUGCUGCAGACCGAUCCCUGUAUCUCACCCGCAGUGAUGACAAUGCGCUCCUGCCAGCUGCUUCCGUGGUGGAGGAACUCAUAUGUGUGCAGUGA